CACCUGGCGGGAAAAACAUGAACUCUCGUGUCAACGAACCUGGAUGUAUCAGCGGAUUGAAUCGCAUGUCGCACAAUAUCGCAUGGCGCAUAGUGAAACGUUCCGCAGUUCAGGAACUGCAACUGUCAAUCUCCUGCGAGCAACGGGCUACGAGAUCGUGUUUGUUUACAAUUAUUCCAGAAUCCUAACAUACUUGAAUCAACAUGAACGCGUUGGCACAGAAAAUAAUUUCAGAUGCGACCGAGGAGUUUUCCAAGGAUAUUGUUAUUUUCCAGGAAGACUACGGAACCAAGAUCACGUUCGACGAAUUAAACGAAGAUCAAUUACGGGAAAAGCUAUGGGAGACUUUAUUCAAUUAUUUGUCCGAUAAUUCACAAUCUUCGAUUCAUCAACACUGCCUAUCCGCUUUACGAAUUCUGAGCCGUGAUAAAACAAAUUUAAACGAGUUAGUCACAGACGACAGAUUAAACCUGAUAUUAGGAAAGGCAGCUUUGAAAGAUGCUAGCGUAGAAGAGCAGACUACUUUCACAGAUGUUACCAUCGAAGCUUUAAAAUUACUAUGCAAUCUCAUAUUUAAUAGUACAAAUGUACAGCAAGCGUCGCCAACAACAUCUUGUCUCUCUUGUCUUAUCGAACGCAUGAGACAGUACAAUAGCAGUACUUCUUACAAUGUUAUGCUGUUCGAUACGAGAAUCCUAUUUUUAAUCACUGCGACAAACAGUUCCACGAGACAGAUAGUUAAGACAAAUUUGAGAGGAGACGCGUGUCUUGCCAAAAUGUUGGAAAGAAUAAAAAAUCAAUGCGAAAAAGAAAAGAAUGGUACCAUCGAGGUAAUCGAGUCAACGAUGUUGGUAUGCGAGGUACUGAAAGCAUUGUUCAAUUUGUACAUGCACUCCGAUGACUUAGUCGACGAUCAAGAUAAGGAAGAAGAAGAAAAGAAUAAAUAUUUAAUUUCAACUCUUUACAAGUUGCUGUUGUUCAAAUGCGAAAAGGAAGAUGAUCUGCAAAGUAACAUAGCGAAUUUACUGACAGUGGUACCGUACAGCUGUUACUCGACGUUCAUACCUCCGACAAAAGAAAAAGGACAGCACAUGUUUCAAGGUGUGAACAUGUCAGCCGUGUCUGUUUUAUUGAAAUUUCUUGACCAAAGAUUGAAGUGUAAGGGCGAUUUGAUAGGAAAUCUCAGUCCAAUCGUUACAACAUUGAUUAGGAUGGCCAAAACCGAAAAAUUAAUUAGGAAGUACACUAGAUUACAGAUCUUACCUCCAUUGAAAGAUGUAAUGCAUCGACCUGAAGAGGGGACAACUCUAAGGGCAAAGUUGUGUAAAUUAUUAACUUCUCCUUUGACAGAAUUACGUGAUCUGGUCGCUGAGUUUCUGUUUAUACUCUGCAAAGAAAAUGUUAAUCGCAUGGUAAAGUACACAGGAUAUGGAAACGCUGCCGGCAUGUUCGCAAAUAAGGGAUUACUGUUCUCAAAAAUGAUACAGGCAGAUUAUUCUUCGGAGUCGGAAGACAGCGAAACUGAGGAGUACUUGAAGCACAGAGAACAGAUUAACCCGGUGACCGGUUGUUUCGAGCUUCCAAAACCAAAUCCUUUGGAAGGGAUGUCGGAGGAGCAAAAGGAAUACGAAGCAAUGCAACUUGUAGGUCUGGUAGAUAAAUUAACGAGGGAAGGAUUAGUGGCACCAUGUCGGAUCGGAGCAGAUGGAAAACCAAAGCCGAUCGAGCAUGUUCUGGAGUUACACGAGCAACUGUCCAAGCAACAAUAUCGUCGUGACUCGGACGAUUCCGAUUGAUCGCAUUAAGCAAAACAAGCAAAAGGAAAAAAUAUUUAUUAAAGUAAUAUUUAUGAAAUACAGGCACACUCUUUGCUCGAUGGAUCAACGAA